AUGUUUCUAGUCUUACUUGUAAGUGUUGCAUUCGGCCAAAAAUGCACACUUCUGCCUGACUCCGAAUCAAUUGAUCCCAAUCCAUCCCUAGUCAAGUGCUAUCGACAAAACGGAGAUGCUUGCUGUGUUUCCGCCCAUGACCAAAACAUACAGAGCGUAUAUACUGAAGCCUUCCCUACCCAAUGUCAGCGUGAAUAUGACAACAUGGAAGAUUAUUUCUGCUUUGGCUGCCACCCGUCACAAGGUAAAUAUACAUUUGAAAGUAAUCAAACAAUUUACAUGUGCAAAGACUAUGCUGAAAGCAUAUGAGGAGAGAAAUUGACUAAGCCUUCAAGCCAUUAUGAUAACUGUGGGAUGUACACGUAUUGGAGGGCAAACCCCACUACAGUGAUGCCCAGUUUGGAGUGGAAAGAUGGUUAUGCGUUCUUUGAGGAGGUAAAACCUCCAUACUUUGAAAAUUAUACAAUAGUAAUAAGAGAGCACAAUUGUUUUAAUAGCUCUUGGGAGAUUAAAGCAGAUGUGCUGAUUUUUUGUAUGUUGGGCUGGCUUAUGAGGUUUUUAAUAUAA